GAGUUUUGUACACACCAGGACACACUGAUGAUCAUAUGAUUUUGCAUCUAGAAGAAGAAAAUGCUGUGUUUUCUGGUGACUGUAUUUUAGGGGAAGGAACAACAGUAAUUGAAGACCUGUAUGAUUACAUGAAAACUUUGAAAAGGCUGUUAGAAAUGAAACCAGAUUUGAUAUAUCCAGGUCAUGGCCCAGUAGUACGUGAUGCAAAUACCAGAAUCCAAAACUACAUUUCUCACCGAGUUGCACGUGAACAGCAAAUUCUAAAUGUUUUCCAGAAGAAUACUGGAAAAUCAUAUACAUCUUCGGAGCUUGUAAAGAUAGUAUACAAGGAAAUCCCUGAAAACUUACUUGCAGCAGCAGAAAGUAACCUCCUAGUCCACUUGAAGAAGUUGGAAAAAGAAGGAAAAGUGUUGCGUGAUGAGUCUCCCACCUUCAGAUGGAAAAACAAUUUAUAAGUUACACAAGAUUGCUCAAGAGUAUUUUUAAUCUUCACAGUUGCUGUAUGAAAAAAUAUAAUGACAAGCUCAGACGAUAUGUAAAAUAAAAACUAAUUUUUACUUAUUUUUUUAAAAUGUGGUAACACAAUUUUAAAGCAAUGU